AUGUCAUCUUCCGCAGGCUUAGGCCCCAUCUCCCAGCAAUACGCAGCUGCAGCCACGGUCCCCUUGAUCAAAUCUCCCUCCCUCUAUCUGCCUCGACCAAUCGAGCUUCCGAACGAUAUUCACCCCCUUCCAGAAGACAUUACCGCCUAUUUCGUUUACCCCUUCACGCUCGAAGAACAUGUUCUGAGUAUCAAGCCCUCUCCACACGAAGCCAUAGCUGCGAAGAGGGCGCAUAAUGCUGAGAUACUGCAUCAGAGGGAAGUACAGGAAGAGCAACGAGAGAAAGAAGCACUUCACAAAGUCGCGCCCGGAUACAAUCCCACUGCAGUCCUUCUACCUACUUCAUCGAGCCCUGCUCCAGGACCGAAACCCAUCGUUGGUACCUCUACCUUGAACUCCAGGGUGGGGACUAUCGAUCGACCAGCAGCACAGACCUCUCUCGACCCUAUGGACGAUCUGGUGUCACAGCUAGAGUUGCUGGAAAGCAAGCGGUGA